AUGUCUGCCGAAUCCCCCCAGUUUGACCCCAAGAACAUGAUCUACAGGAACAUGGGACCUACCGGUCUCCGUGUCCCUGUCUUCUCAUACGGAGGAUGGUUGACCGUUGGCGGUACCCAGAAAGGUGACAUCGUCAAGGACCUCAUGAAGACCUGUUUCGACAACGGUAUCAACAUGUUCGACAAUGCCGAGGCCUACAACGCCGGCGAGUCUGAGCGCGAGAUGGGCCGUGUCAUCAAGGAGCUCAACUGGGACCGUCGCGAUGUCAUCAUCACCACCAAGAUCUUCUUCGGUACCAAGCGCACCGACACCAGCAACACCCGCGGUCUCUCGAGGAAGCACAUCGUUGAGGGUCUCAACCAGAGCUUGAAGAACUUGCAGCUUGACUAUGUUGACAUUGUCUUCGCGCACAGGCCCGACAGGACUGUCCCCAUGGAGGAGACCGUCCGCGCUUUCAACCACGUCAUCGACCAGGGCAAGGCGUUCUACUGGGGUACCUCGGAGUGGUCUGCUAUGGAGAUCCAGCAGGCUAUCGAGAUUGCGCGUCGUCUCAACCUCGUCGGUCCCUCCGUUGAGCAGCCCCACUACUCGAUGAUGCACCGUGAGCGAUUCGAGCAGGAGUACGAGGCGCUCUGGAAGUACGAGCGAUAUGGAUCUACCAUCUGGUCCCCGCUCGACUCUGGUCUUUUGACCGGCAAGUACAACGACGGAAUCCCCGAGGACUCGCGAUACGCCACCAACAAGGAGAUGAUGUCUUCCAACAUCAAGCAGCUCACCUCUCCCGAGGGCAAGGCCAAGAUUGAGAAGGUCAAGAAGCUCACUUCGCUCGCCGAGUCGCUUGGCGGGUCGAUGGCCAGCUUGGCUCUGGCUUGGACCCUCCUCAAUCCCAACGUCUCCACUUGUAUUCUCGGCGCGACCAAGCCCGAGCAGAUCCUCGAGAACCUCAAGGGUCUUGAGAUGUACAAGAAGAUUGCGGACGACAAGGUGACAAUCAAGAAGAUUGAGGAGAUCUUGGACAACAAGCCGGAGGCCCUCGAGGGCUACGGUCGUCGUGGUCCCGAUGGCAGCCUCAUCUAA